CCUGGGCCAACGGUUGCUGUCGCAGCGGUCCCCGUCGUUCGCGGUCCGCGUGACCGGGUCCCCGUUUGCGCGCUCGCUCCCUGCGGCAGCGCAGUCACCGCGCGGGGCGGCCGCCGUGAGGAGGUUGUGACCACGAAUAUCUUAAAACUCCCGGACAGCGGCGCCCUCAGCGACAGCUGGGUGGACGGCCCCGGCCCGGUGCGGCGGCCCGAGAGCUACCGCGAGGAGGGAGCGGCGGAGGCCACCUGCAGCCCGGCCCCGCACCAGCCACCCGGCGGGCGUGACAUGAGCCUGGCCCGGCGUCCGCGGGAUGCGCCUUGAGCCCCUUCUCCGACUCUUACCUCCGGGGCACGGCUGUGACCACACCGACACGUGUUUUCCAAAUAACUAUCGUUGUGUAUUCCGGCGGCGGCGGCGGGACCGAACACUCAUUUAUUUUUAAUUUUCUCACCACGCGUUCCUCAGCACUUGCCCAGCGAAACGACUUGGUUUGCGGAAGGCCGCCUCUGCGCAACGUCUCUCCUCGCACACUCCGAAGACCGCUGCGCACAGCAUCCCGUCCAAGGAACGUCCUGGCCCAGCGAUGCAAAGAACUGACGUUGCAAGGUUUUAUUUCUAUUGCUAGACGGCCCCCAGCCGGAUGACCCCCAGCGCCAGCGGCGUCCCCCGUGGGAUCUUCUCUCUCCUCGUCCAGCCCGCCCAAGUGCUGUCCUUAAGAAGCCUACAGCUGGAAGAGCGUGUAUUGUCCUCAUAAUCAUAUAGAAGAAUCCGAGAUAAGAGAGGCAGUUAGCAGCAGCGAAUGAAGACUGUAAAAGAAAAGAAGAAGGAAUGCCAAAGAUUAAGAAAAUCUGCCAAGACCAAGAGGCUAGCCCAGAAGAAGCCAUCUUCAGGACCUGUUUGUCGGCUGUGUUUUCAAGAACCUGGAGAUCCUGAAAGGUUAGGGGAAUUUCUUCAGAAAGACAAUCUCAGCGUGCAUUAUUUCUGCCUUAUUCUGUCUAGCAAGCUGCCUCAGAGGGGCCAGUCCAACAGAGGGUUCCAUGGAUUCCUGCCUGAAGACAUCAAGAAAGAGGCAAUCCGGGCUUCUAGGAAGGUCUGCUUUGUGUGCAAGAAAAAGGGAGCUGCCAUCAACUGCCAGAAGGCCCAGUGCUUCAGGAACUUCCAUCUGCCUUGUGGCCAAGAAAGGGGUUGCCUUUCACAAUUUUUUGGAGAGUACAAAUCAUUUUGUGGAAAACAUCGCCCAACACAGGACAUCCAUCGGGAGAAUGUGAGGGAGGAGAGCUGUGUCUUGUGCUGUGAAGAUUUAUCCCAGACGAGUGUUGAGAACAUCCAGAGCCCGUGUUGCAGUCAAGCUAUCUACCACCGCAAGUGCAUACAGAAAUAUGCCCACACAUCAGCAAAGCAUUUCUUCAAAUGUCCACAGUGUAACAAUCGAGAAGAGUUUCCCCAAGAAAUGCUAAGAAUGGGGAUUCAUAUUCCAGACAGAGAUGCUGCCUGGGAGCUUGAGCCAGGGGCUUUCUCGGAGUUAUAUGAGCGCUAUCAGCAUUGUGAUGCCCCCACCUGUCUGUAUGAGCAAGGCAGAGACAGCUUUGAGGAUGAAGGGAGGUGGUGCCUCAUUCGGUGUGCUACCUGCGGAUCCCGCGGAACCCACAGGGACUGCUCAGCUCUCAAAUCCAACAGUAAGAAAUGGGAGUGUGAGGAAUGCUCACCUGCUUCAGGCACAGACUGCACACCUGAAAACUCAGGUGAUGUCCCCUGCUGCAGCAGCGCCUUCCACCCUGAGGAACACUUCUGCAGAGACAGCAGCCUGGACGAGAACCCAGGCCCCUCUUGGACUGAUUGCUCAGAACCUUCUGUAUUAGAAAAGCCAGAGUCCUCUGGUGGCAGGAGAAGGUCCAAGGGUGUUAAAAUCCCUAAGAGUGGCAAAAAAUCCAAGUAGCUGCUCAUGCAGUUGCUGCCACAUACAUUUCGGUACACCGCUGCACUCCUCCAUCAGGUCUGGGGGAGGGGCACUUUGGGACUAGGAGCCGAGGAAAGGGGGCCAGCAGUGACACCAGGAGCUGAGGAAGUCCCAGGGGAACGUGGGGUGCGAGCAGGGUGGAGACGCCGAUAGAGGGACCUGUUUGUGGCCAUCAGUGUGCCCCUGUGCUCUCUCUGAUUCCCAGAGAUCCCUGUUUCUCUUCGCCCACAAGACGCUUUCACUUCAGUCUGGUUCUCGGAUGUCUCUUACUUCACUCACAUUUGUUAUUACGCAAAUA